UUUGGUUAGUGUUUAAUGUUUAUUGAAGUGAAUCUUUCGAGAUAGUGGUGAUUUUUGUUGUAAAUUAUUUUUUCCGAAAAUAGUACCUAUUACUAGUUGAACCCAAGUUUAUAAUUCUUUUACAAGUAUUGAGUGAAAAUGUUACCUUCAAGCUAAAGUGUAUGUUUGCAGUGGUGUGCGUCGUAUCCUGUGUCUGAUGUUAAUGUGUUUACGAGUAUGUGUUUUUAGCAUUGUGAAAUGUAUUUUGAAAAACAUUUGUGGUUUAGUUACAUUGUCAUGUCAUCCGUCCGGUGACGGAAACUGUAAAAUUUGUUACGAAAUCACUUAAACUGUUCUGUAAUUGAAAAUUUACCAUGUGACUGUAUGUGAUAUAGACAAACGUGUAAAAGUAGUGUGUCGUUAUUGAGUUCGCUUCUGUUCAAUGGAUUCCAAAAGAAAAGGGAAGAAAGCCAACCGUAAAAAUGAGAAGGAGAAGAAAGUGGAAUCUGAUAAAAUUGAAGUUACUGAAGUAAUUCCUAGCCAUGAAAGUCAAACUGUAGAAGGAAAUGCAGAUGCAGGUGACUCCGCGAGUUCCACAGAUAGUGAAGAAUUGGUGAAUGCUUUAAAUUACAACACUAUUACUUCAUUAGCCGCCUUAAAAGAUAUAAUCCAAGGAGACAAUAAUGACACACCUGAAACUGAUAGUUUUUUUCAACAUUAUUUUAUGAACCAUUGCAAUAAUUUGUCAAGUCGUAAUUCUGCAUCACCGUUUCCAUUUACUGAAAGACGUAGGUUAUCACAAUGUCGAGAAGAAGACGAAGACGAUGAAAAGAAAGACGGCCAUCGUCGGCAUUCUCCAGGUUCUUAUAAAGCUGAUUCUGAAAAAAUAAAUUCAGAUUUAGACGAUAACUUGAAAGAAUCUGAAGAUCAGAACUUGAAAAUUGAUAGCAAGGAACUUAACACAGAAUCAAAUACGGAAAUUGAUAAACCGAAUGCUACUGAAUCAAACGACACUUCCGAACGCACAGUAAUGGGAGCAAAGCACAAAUUCUUAGUGACAAAAACGGCACAAAUGACAGCUCCAGUUGCGCGUGCUUUAAGAAAUCAAUUUAAUAAUGCUCAUACCGUACAUUUUGGAACUAAAGGCGCAGAAGAACAGAGACCCAAUGUGAGAACUAUUUUCACUGGGCAGAAUCUCCAUCACGAUAAAAAUUAUUUUGAUAGUAGUUUAAUAGAAAUCAGAUCUACUGUAGACGGAGUUCCAACUAGUGACGAAGACAUUUGGAUUAAAAGAACUGAUGAAAAACAGUUGACUAAACAAGAUAGUACCAAGAAAAUUGCCGAUAAAAUUGUAAAAAAGGUAGCAAAAGAAACUUUAGAAGAUAAGAAGGUUGUGGCAAGACGUGAGCGUUCAGGGACUUGGGGUUCAUUACCUGCACGGAAAGAAAAAGAAAAAGAAACUCCAAAAAAGAGCUCCACAGAAAAAGAAGUUCGCAGAAGCAGCGAUGAUAGACGUCAAAAGAGAGAACAACGUCUGGAUGCAGCUAUCACUCGCAGUUGGCAGUCCGUCGGAGAGCGCAAGCGCCGUGGUUCCGCCGACGAUGGCCAAGGACAUCUUAUGUACCAACAAACCAUACACGGUACAUCCGGAGUCAGCCGCAGACCAGCACUGUUCGAUAUCUUCAAGUCUCGUUCUCGUGGAGAAGCCAAAAAGCAGUCGUCGAUUAUGCAACAAGUCAAAGCUGCUGUUCAGAAUAUAACGAAAUCGCUACCACCAACCAGAGAAUCGACGAAGUCUGAAUCGGAUAAUGGCGAGGUAGCUACCAGUUCGAGCGUUGGGUCUCUGGCUCCCACGACGAAGGAUGGUUCAGCUCACGUGGUAGCCGAUACCGUAUUCCAGAGUCAAUCAGCCAGAGAACCCGAAAAGGAGGAUGGUGCUGCUCAUUAUAGGUACUAUCACACGGUGUCAGCGACAACAUCACGUCGCCCGAGUGCUAUGGCCAAAGUUAUGGACAUUUUCCGCGGUCGUUCGUCCAUUCCAGGACAAAUGGCGUCACCUGAAAGUCCCGAUAGGCGACGAACGAAGGCGCAAGCUCAGCAUCAACACCAUACUCCAAGUGCACAUUUGCGCCGUGCAGCAUCGCAAGAGGCCGAGAAACGUCGCUCUUCGCUCGGCAAUGUGCCCACCGCGCGCCAUCGCGCGUCCGACGCCUUUCUCGAUCCCCAUCAUGCGGCCAUGUUGUUUCGAGACUCGAGAGGGUUGCCGGUGGCUGAUCCGUUUUUGGAAAAAGUCAGCCUAUCUGAUUUAGAGGAAGAUGAGUCACAGAUAUUCGUGAAGUUUUUCAAAUUUCACAAAUGCUACGAUCUGAUCCCCACGUCUGCUAAGCUGGUGGUGUUCGACACGCAGCUGCUGGUGAAGAAGGCCUUCUUCGCCCUCGUUUACAAUGGAGUACGCGCCGCGCCAUUGUGGGACUCGCAAAGGCAGAUGUUUGUUGGCAUGCUCACUAUCACGGAUUUCAUAAAGAUCCUACAGAUGUACUACACUAGUGCCAACGUCACUAUGGACGAGUUAGAAGAACACCGCCUGGAGACGUGGCGACAGGUGCUGAAAGGCUCUGUGAUGCCACUCGUGUCAAUAGGCCCCGAUGCAUCGCUCUUCGACGCUAUAAAGAUGCUGAUAACAAACCGCAUCCACAGACUGCCGGUCAUCGACCACGAGACCGGCAACGUGCUGUAUAUACUCACGCACAAAAGGAUACUACGAUUCCUGUUUCUCUACAUAAACGAAUUGCCGAAGCCGUCGUACUUGCAGAAGAAGCUUCGUGAUCUGCGCAUUGGCACCCUCAAUGAUAUCGAAACCGCUACUGAAGACACGUCAAUCAUUGAAGCCCUGCGGAAGUUUGUGAACAGACGCGUUUCAGCCCUUCCGCUCAUCGACAGCGAAGGCCGCCUGAAGGAUAUAUACGCCAAAUUUGAUGUUAUUAAUUUGGCAGCUGAAAAGACUUACAACAACCUUGAUGUGUCAUUGAAGAAAGCGAACGAGCAUCGCAACGAGUGGUUCGAGGGUGUACAAAAGUGUAAUCUCGACGAAACGCUCUACGAAGUCAUGGAAAGAAUCGUACGCGCCGAGGUGCAUCGUCUUGUAGUUGUGGACGAAGAAGACAAAGUGAUAGGCAUAAUAUCGCUGUCAGAUCUCUUGAUGUACCUUGUGUUGCGCCCCACUGGUGACUGUGAGGGUGCCAGUCUGCGCAACGAGCAUGGACCUAUAGAAGAAAAAGACGAAACCCCUACUCGAGACGACUCAGAGGACACAGGGUCAAAGGCGAGCCUCGAAGUAGACGACACAGAGUCAAAAGACGAAAUUGAGUGCCAAGAACUGAAUGUGGUUGAGUGAAUAUAGAAUCUAGUGUUAGUUUUAAUUCUUAGUGCGAGCGUGGUUCUUUUCACAGAUGGUUGUGAUAUAUAAUUGUAGCGCGAUAGUGUUUUAUCACCGCGACCUUUCACAUUGGGGCGGGAUCGCUAUUAGGGUCUAAACAAACUGUCUGGAUUUUGACUGCCAGCCAUCUACAAAACAGGGAUGUUGCUAAUACAAUCAGCAAUAACAAGCUAAGGCCACGAUUACACCUGUAAGUUUUACUCAAGUAAGUAGCUUAGAUAAUUAAUUAACAACUUUACUAAUGUAAAGUUGUCGUAAGUUAGUCACGUAAGCUACUUACGUCAGUAAAGCUCCUAUAUAUAAUCUGUAAAGAAACCUAAUUAUAUUUAUUAAUUUCGGUUAUUAAUGGAUAGUUAAACUUAGAUUAACAGAGGAUGUGGAUUUUAUUUAAUUUGGAAGACGCUCUGUUUUAUAAUCCCUAAAAAAAGUUAUUUUUCACAUAGGCAACAUCUCUAGUGCAGAUUGCAUGCAGCUUUAAGGUGCCCACGCACUUGAACUGAACUGCGCGUCCCUUAUUUUUCUGCAAUGCUAAGCUGACUGGAAAUAAACUCGCAAUCAGUUAUGUCGGCUACAAUAAAAGUUGCGAAUUGCAGUCCAAAUGCAGACCGUCUGUGUAGAACCUUACUCUAUUUAUCCCAUGUGUCCUUUGAAAAGGAUUCUUUGUAAAAAAAAAUACUUUUUAGCAUAAUGGGUCAUAAUUUCCGAACAUCAUUUUUAAGUAGGAGAAAUUGUCGCGUUUCGCGCAAGAGCGAUAGUAAGCGGGUAACCCGUAAAUAAGUGAUUUUAUACAUAGGGUGUUUUAUUUGUCUGGUACAGUAUAAGGAAUUGUAAGACCAAAAGAGACACAAAAUAUCUUCCUUUUCCUAUUUACAACUACAUAAGCAGAUAAUAAUAAUAGUUCCAUUUUGGUCAAGCGUGAACAUUCCAUAAAGCAUAAUAAAACCACAUUGUUUAACAUAAAUCAACUCGGUUUCAUGUUAGGCUCAAUUUACUCUAAUGUCACAAAAAUCUGAACACUGGUGGUUUUUCUCAUACAUGUUUUCUUUUUUUUUCUAAUACUGUCUCAGAAAUAAAACACUGUAUUUUUGUAAUUCUGUUUCGAACCGCUUCGGCGAUCGCGGCAUUUUAACACUAAUUCCAUUUUAAUAUUAUACUAUUUAUUUGCGUACUUUGGUCCGUAUGAUUGUUAUUAUUGUUAAUUAAUUACUUAAAGCUUGUUUUUGUUAAGGUUGGUCUUAUUAAUAAAGAAUCAAAGAUUUCAAUAGCCUUAACAUACAAUAAUUAAAAUAUGACACAAAGUCCAAAGCACUUAUUACACAGGUCCCGGAAUAAAAUAUUCCAGGAAGAAUGAGUGGGUUUAUUUCAUACCGGACUCGGGUUCAAAGAAUGGUCGUAUGAUAUUGUUUGAUUUAGGCUACACUCUGCCGCUCCCAUACCCUUUUGCCCAAUAGCUCGGCAAGACCCGGUCAUGGUGUAAAUAAAUCAGACCUUACUCGACCUUAUUUAUAUAGGUUUUCUUUUUUGAGUUCAGAGGUUUUAGAUAACUUCUAUAUUUCGAGGAGUAUGUCUCCAUCUUUUAAACUUUUUAUAUAGACUGUGUUUAGUUUAAGUCUGUUUUUUCUUUAUAUUACGUAAUACAUAAAAUUCGAAUACGAUUGAUGUAUGAUACUUUAGUGAUGCCGUUUUAAAGUGUAGUAUCAUCCAAGUAGGUACAGUAAUAACCAACCGAUUCAUCCUGACUUUUUAUAAUCACAAAAACUAGUCUUCAAAUAUCUUGUUAUAUUACGUUGAAACAGUACUUCAAGGUGUAACACGGUAUACAGUACCCGGCAGGGAAUAUUGUAGAUCGACCUUUAGAAACAGAUAGCGGUUUCGUAGAACGUUGUCGUUGAGACAGACUAAACGUCACAUAGGUAUGAGUGACGGAGACAACGCUCUACGAAGCCGAAAUCUCUUUCUAAAGGUGGAUGUACAAUAUUUCCUGUCAGUUACUGUAGGUACUUAUGUGAAAUAGGAGAAAAAAUAUUUGUUUUGGAUUUAUUUAAGUCGUGUUUAUAAAAGUAAUGAGAGUAAAAGUUUCCGUUAACUUUUUCAAGUUGAUGUAAUUUUUAUUAAUCACCGAGGUUCGGUUUCAUUAUUAGUUUGCUCGUUCACUGAGUCACGACUUAUAUUCAUUUGUGAUUAUAAUUCUUAAAAUUUAUAUGUUGAUUGAUUUAGAAUUAUUAUUUUUUGGCUAUAGUUUUUAAAAUAUUUUAAUUUUUGUUUAACUUUCUUUCCAUAAACUUUUUAAACGCUAUUAUGGAAAUGGAAAUAUUAGUUGAUAAUAAUAAAAUUUACUAUUAACAUACUUCACAUGAAGACAUAAUUUUUAUGAGAGAUUGAAGUAAAUUUUAUAUCGUAUUGCAGGUCUGGACAUGUUAGAUGCCAUCUGAAAUAUAUUUGUACCUAUUUAGUAACAUUUUAAAUAAACUUAACGUUUAAUUAAACUAAAUUAGAUGCAACCAAUGAUAUUUAAAUAUAAGAAGUUAGUAUUGGUAUAUUUUAUAAUAUUUUUGUAGCCAAAUGAUAAAAGUAAUUAUAAUAAAUAUGUUACACUUAGAUGAUUUCGGUGUGCACCCGUCUGGACAGAUUUUUAAAUGGGCAUAAAAAAUAUACAAUUUUAUAUUUCCCAUAUCAAAACUAUUUCUGUUUGUUGGCAAUACGAGGAUUGCAAUUUUUUAGUUUACUGAUUUUAUUUAUCAUGAAAACAUAAGCAAUAUGCGCAUAAUAUAGUUUAAAUUUAAAACGUUUUUCUAGCUUAACACUCCACCUAAUCAGAUACAUAGGUACUAUAUUUUUUUUUUUAUUAGAUUGUGAGUGACAAAUAAGAAGUGUGCAAUAAAAAAUUUCGUCAUAAUACUUUCUAUUAGAUAUUUAAAAAAAAAAAAACAAUUGAAAUGUUUUAAUGUAUAAGCAA